CAUUUCCUAAGGAUUCGGCCCAUUUUAAUUUGGAAGUAUUGUUGCUAUGAUAGAGCAUCAUGGCUUCUCCAAAUUUUAUUGAAAAUUUAGAACUUCAGAUAUCAGAAAUUGAACUCCUUGAUAGCAUGUUUCCAGGAGAUGGCGAGUUUUGCCUCGAUGACCCUAGCGUGCUGUCCGACGUACAGACUUUCGUAGAUAAAUCCGCCGAGUCUACAGGCGUAGCCGAUCAAGGAAUUUCUGGUAACUCGGCCUCGGGGAAAGGAGGCACGGGCGCAAUCAGGCAACUGUCGUUUUCUAUCAAGAUUUCUAUCAAUGGUCAUCAUAAUGGGAUUCCAAAUAUCGAUCUGGAUCUCCAGUGCUGCCUUCCUUUAGACUAUCCCAAUGUUCUACCAGAACUUAACGUCCAAUCCAAUGUACUGUCAAGACAGCAGUACAGAAUACUCAACGAUGAUCUGAUGGAGCACAUAGAGAGUCUAGACAGAGGAGAGCUGUGCAUUACAGAAGCUGUCCAAUGGCUCCAGGAAAACGCCUCUUGUUACCUGAAAACUGCAGAAGUUCCUAGCCAAGGGAACGUGAAGGAGCAGAGCAAGAAAAAACAGCAGCCCUCAUCUUUCACUCGUCUCUGGAUACACAGCCAUCAUAUAUACAGCCGAUCAAAACGGGAGGACAUCUUUGCAUGGUCCAAGGAGAGAGGUCUCACAGGGUUUAGUCUUCCAGGAAAACCGGGCAUUAUUUGUGUCGAAGGAUCCCAAGGGGAUGUGGACGAAAUCUGGCAUAAACUCCGGAGAUUAAACUGGAAAAAGCUGACCAGCAAGCACAGAGAAGAUUUUGCCCUUGAUGCUGAUGACACAGAACUCUUCAGUACGAAUUUCAGUCGUCUCAGGCAUUUCUCAGAUUUUCAGGAGAUUAAUUUUGCUGUGAGGGGUUCUCGGGACUACCACAUGGACCUAGGACAGUUUUUCCAAUAUCUUGAAAAGCACAACUGUGCUGAUGCAUUCAAGAUUUUAUUGGGAGUAGAUGGAAGGGUAUCUCAAAAGGAUACAAGUUGAAACUAUUUCUUCUCCAGCUGUAACUUACUAAGUACAUGUAGUUUGAGAGAUGAAGAUGUUAAUUGAAUUUAAAUUCUUUAAAUAGUGCAAUUUGCACUUUGGCUCAAAGACAUGUUCAUUUGAUUCUUUAGCUCUUGCUGAAAGACAGAAGGCCUAAUAUCAUUAAAUAAAUGUUUUUAUUUUUAAAAUUCAUAAUAUUUUUCAACCAAUGAAUACCAUAUGUCUUGUUUAGAAACAGAAAGGCGUUAACUCUGUGUAAGAUGAUAUAAAUAAGUGCCUUUCUGGCUCCAAACAGACAUUAUGUCAUAUCUCUGUAUUGAGAUAUAUCACAAUGAUUUAUUAUUUCAGAUUCAUAACAUGACAAACCUACCUCAAAUAAUGUAUUUUGUUGCUGGAAGAAAUUUCAAUAUACUCUUUUUCCCCUAAAACAGGCUCUUUUAUUUAUUUAGAACUGCAAGUACAUUAUUCUAUGUCACAUCAUCUUAGUGGCAAAGCAUUAUGUUACCUGAACACUUUUCCAAUGGUUUCAAAUUUAGGUCAAUCUGGUUAAGAAGUAAAAACAUGAAUGCGACAAACAAUACUUGACAUUGAUGACCUACAUGUACACUGUACAUUGCGCACUGGCAUACAUUUUGAAUCUCAAUUUGUUUUAAAUAUAUUUCAUGAUUACAAUUUUAACAAAUACUUUUUUAGUUCAAAACGGGUCUUCCAAAUCAAUACCCAAUACCCAAUGUUGAUAGAUCUAGCCCUGCUGGGGUAGAAUGAAAUGAAAUUAAAACCUGAAACUUUUGAGAACUGAAUCUCAAUUAAGUUACACAUCGUUACAUUUUUCCAAUGGCCGAAACUCUCCUAUUGUGAAAAUUGCCAUCCUUACCUGUUUGUGAAGGUUUCAUGUUGCAAAAGUUUCUAGUUUUACACUUAGUAAAUGGACACUCUCAGUGUUGGUCAUGUUCAUUAUUUUAUUGUACUUGGUCAAGUUUGAGAUAUAGGGGGCCCAUUAUUUUGGGAUACUGUGCAUGUGGAUAGAUGCUUACCAUAAAGUUACAUGUACAUGAAAGAACCAAAUUAUACUGACUCUAUGCAAUGCAUCCCGACCAACACACUUUUCUGUCGUUUCUUUCAUCAAAAGAUGGAAGUCUCUUGAUGUGACCACUGAUUCAUGGAAGUUAUAUUCAAAUAAUCAUUUUUCAGUGGCCCUUUCAAGGAAUUUUCUUAUUUUGAUAAAAAUAAAUGAUAGAUAAAACAUAAAAUGCACAGAAUUUUCCAUCGUAGAAACUACCAUCACAUCUGAAUUUUUGUCAGGUUUCAGAGGACAGUACAUCCCACAUGAAACUCCUCAAACUAGGUUGAAUAAAGAUUGAAAAACUAGA